CAUGGACAGCAGGGUGGGCUUCGUGGUGCCCAUGCGACCCAGGACGCGCAGCAACCCCAAGCCCCCGCCAAACAGGACGUCCCGGGAGUUCGACGCGGUCCGCGAGGUCGAUCAGACGACGACGUCACCGGCCGCCGUCCGACAGCCGUCGUUCGCCGCCAGCAACAAGAGCUCCUCUCUGGAGAGUCCCUCCAGGGGACACCCGCAGCAGGCUUCGACGACCUCCAGGAGCCUGGAAGAGAAACUGCCCUCCUCCUCGUCGCUGCCGCUGACGAUGGUAGCGCCGCUUGUCUCUUCUCCACCGGACCCGGCGACAGCCAAGCUGGCACAAGAGGUCAUCGGCAAGGACCACAAGAUUCUCUCUUCCAAGGAGCGCGAGGUGAUGCUCCGCGAGCUCACAGGCCAGGCGGGCGGCAGCUUCUCCGCCCUCGAAGAGCCCGUGCCGGCGCCGAGGCCCACCACGCUCCGGCAGCGGCGCCUCAUGUUCUCGCACCUGACCGCGUCCGUGGACGUGGACACGCGCGAGAAGCCGUCGACGCCGCCGUGCCUGACCGCGGCGCUGGCAGGCAGUGAGGACAUGCUUUUGUCCGAAGUGUUCAACAACUCGCAGCUCGCUUCCAGCCUUGAGCAACUCACGGGUGUCGCCAGAAAGACUCUCCGGAAGCGGGCGUUCGUACCGCCUCUACAGGCCAUCAGCGCCGCCACCGCCGGCAACGACAACGCCGCAGGGCAAAGGAGCUCGGAGGCCCUGGACGCGGAGCCCCCUCCGCCGAGCGCGGUCAAGGGCGUGGCGGCCGCUGGUCAGCGAAUGGCUAACGGGCGGGUGGCCAGCGGAACCCCGGACGCCUGCCCGGACGCGCACGUCAAGAUCUGCAUCGAUACCAGCGAGCCCGGCACCGCCACGCCCAAGAACCAGGACGCCGUACAGUUCUUCCCGACGCCCUCCGCCGGCGAGCAGGUCCGCGCGGCGUCCGACGGCAGCGCUGCCGCAAACAACGCGGCGUCGGGUGGCCGCGCGGCGAAGGAGGGCGACGACGUGUCACUGUACGGCACCCCCAAGGAAGAGCUGGGGCCCGGCGGCGGCGCGGGCCUGUCCGAGGCCAAGGCGUCCUUCAUGCGCAACCAGCUGGAGGCCCUGUUCCAGCCGUCCGACAACAAGCUGGCCAUGAAGCUGUUCGGAUCCAAGAAGGCGCUCAUGAAAGAGCGCAUCCGGCAAAAGGCCGCCGGACAUUGGAUCAUUCAUCCGUGCAGCAAUUUCAGGUUUUACUGGGACCUGUGCAUGUUACUGCUCCUGGUGGCGAACCUCAUCGUUCUACCAGUGGCAAUCUCGUUCUUCAACGACGACCUGUCGAUCCGGUGGAUAGCCUUCAACUGCCUCUCGGACACCAUCUUCCUGCUCGACAUCGUCGUCAACUUCCGAACGGGAAUCAUGCACCAGGACAACUCCGAGCAGGUGAUCCUGGAUCCCAAGCUGAUCGCGCACCACUACAUCCGCACCUGGUUCUUCCUGGACCUCAUCAGCUCGAUCCCUCUCGACUACAUAUUCCUCAUCUUCAUCCAGGACUACAGCGACAGCUUCCAGCUGUUGCACGCAGGUCGCGCUCUGCGCAUACUGCGUUUCGCCAAGAUGCUCAGCCUCCUCAGGCUACUCAGGCUGUCGAGGCUCGUCCGAUACGUCAGCCAAUGGGAAGAGGUCUACUUCCUGAAUAUGGCGAGCGUGUUUAUGAAAAUCUUCAACCUGAUCUGCAUGAUGCUUCUUAUUGGUCACUGGAGCGGGUGCCUUCAGUUUCUCGUCCCCAUGCUGCAGGGGUUUCCUUCCAAUUCCUGGGUCGCCAUCAACGAACUUGAGACGAAGUACUGGUUCGAGCAGUACUCGUGGGCCCUGUUCAAGGCCAUGUCCCACAUGCUGUGCAUAGGCUACGGCCGCUUCCCGCCCCAGAGCCUCACGGAUAUGUGGCUCACGCUGCUCAGCAUGAUCAGCGGGGCCACCUGCUACGCACUAUUCCUCGGACACACGACCAACCUCAUACAGUCGCUGGACUCUUCGCGACGACAGUACCGAGAGAAGUUAAAACAAGUUGAAGAGUACAUGGCGUACCGAAAGCUUCCAAGAGACUUACGACAAGGAAUCACCGACUACUUUGAGCACCGGUACCAAGGGAAAUUCUUCGACGAAGAAGCUAUACUCGGGGAACUCUCCGAGCGGCUAAGAGAGGACGUAAUCAAUUACAACUGCCGGUCGCUCGUGGCGUCGGUGCCGUUCUUUGCCAACGCGGACCCAAACUUCGUCAACGACGUCGUGACCAAACUCAAGUACGAGGUCUUCCAGCCAGGCGAUAUCAUCAUCAAGGAGGGGACACUCGGGACCAAGAUGUACUUCAUCCAGGAAGGCAUCGUGGACAUUGUGAUGAGCAAUGGAGAGGUGGCCACCAGCCUCUCCGACGGGUCGUACUUUGGAGAGAUUUGCCUGCUGACCAACGCCCGGCGCGUGGCCAGCGUUCGGGCCGAGACCUACUGCAACCUCUUCUCCCUGUCCGUGGAACACUUCAACGCCGUGCUGGACGUGUACCCUGUGAUGCGGCGGACCAUGGAGUCCAUCGCCGCCGAGCGGCUCAACAAGAUCGGCAAGAACCCGGACAUCGUGUGCCAGCGUGAAGACCUACGCGUCGACCUCAGCACAGUCACCGCCCUGCUCCGAUCCGCCCAGGCAGCCCACAACGACGACGAGGAGGAGGACGAAGACGUGGACGGCGGCGACAGCGGCGACGCCAAGGGGGGCGGCCGCGCGCAGGGCGGCAACCGGAGGAAGUACAGCAACCUCCUGGGGGUCCACCGCAGCGGAGGGGGCACCACGAUACCGCGGCCCAAGUCCGAAAGCUGCUUCCACCGCAUGUUCGACAUGGCCAGCGGCGCGGCGGCCCAGACGGCCCUGCCGCGAUCGGGCACCUUCUACGAGAGCCUGACCGGCAUGGGUUCGCAGGGGAACCUGCAGGAAGACUAGAGGGCCGCCGUCGCACGGAACCUCGGACGACGCCGGCCGAGGAAGCUGCUGAACCGGCCGCGAGGCAGGUGUAGUCACAACACUGCAGCCCAGCUAUAAGCUUCGUGCAGAAUUAAACGCGGGCGAUAUUAAUACGACAAUCUAAGCGUCCAUUUGGCGCCGCACAGCGAUUAAGGUAAUACGAUAUGGCGAACUCUGAAUGAAAAGGAAGCAAAAGAUUGGUUAGCGGUUGCUCCGGCGGACGAAUCAAAGCCUAUCAGACAAGGCCAAUACGGUGCGAGUCAAAUCGGGCCGCUGACCGCCGGUGACGUAGGUUGGGAGGGCCACGGGGUUCUACGAUGAGAUUCUGCGAUACGCGAGCUCGCAGACUGCGCAGUAACACCGUGCGCCAGUGAAGUAGCUGUACCGCGGCGACAGCCUUCUCGCUUGUGUUUCCUUGAAUUGGCUGUCUUCUCGACAGCAGCAUCUCUGAGCACGCAACCUCUAUUGCCCUGUCGCAAGGUUUCGAUUCGAAAGCAAACUAUUUUCAAAACUAUUUCAAGCGGUUCGGCGUAAGCGCGAGUGUCCAAAUUAGUCAAGGGAUAAAAGAAAACGUUCUAUCAUAAAUACAACAAAAAAGAGAGAAGAAAAACCUGGUCAUUCGACCGCGGUUUACACUUGCUCACGGCGCUUAGACAACCUCGGCAAAAUCUGUGCUUAAAAUUAAUGUGCGUAAUUAGAUGCUCGCUACACUACAUCUUCCGGCAGCUUCCUCGUCCGGCGAAAUAACUCGCGCGGUCCGCGAACACUCGCGGUGCAUCCGAGGGACUGAAACGCGCUAUUGUUCCGACUCAGAAAUAAAUAUCUUCCGCAAAAGAAAUAGAAGAAAAAGUAGGCGAACCACACCGUUCAUUGGGACACCGUUGAACGCUUGUUCUAUCAGCCACUACAGGUUAACCAUGCUGAAAAUUAUUGAAGUGGGCCAAAAUUAAGGAACACCUCAUGCGAACUCGUGUUGACUGUCCGCUGUUCAGUCUGUGACAGUCUGCGCAAGUGUCCACGCGCGCGUCCCUCGCAAAGAUCUGCGACGUCCCUCGGUCGCACGACGCAGGCGUUCGCGUGGCCGCGCGGGCACUGUAUGCGGGACCAGCGUCAGCGCAUCUGGGAGCAAAGUGGCCUUAGAAGAAACGGGGCGAGCCGUCACAGGGAUUAACACAGACAGACACACACCAUCUACACACAUAUCGCUCCACGCACGACUCGAAGAAAGAAGAAAAAAAAAGUCACACGACACCUUGCUCACAUUGCCGAGACACGUCACAUGAUACCACUUCGUUGUAUGUCUGUUUCGUAUGCACAAUGUCAUGUUCCCUUCCUAAAGUUGACUGCAGGACGAUCUCAAGCCGUCCCCUCCCGAUGCCCAACCGAGGUCGACCGAAACGAUUUGUUUGUUCUGGUUUUUUUUUUCCCCUCGUCGAAGCAUGAUUCCCAUAAGUUACUCCUGAGAAAACAAAAGACACGCGUUCGCGAGGCUUGGCUCGCGGAGUCCUUUUUGAGAGGCCAAGAAAACCCUUAACCGUUGAAAACACAAGAAACCGCGAUGCGCGAUAAGUUGUUCUUGCUGUUCUAUGGAUGUUGUGUGUUUCCGAGACAACCACGUCAGCCCCCAGAUUUAUUUCCAGUGGAGGAAGCGAACGAAGUCAACACGCGAAAUCGGCGCACAGAGCGAAAUUCUCAAAUUGUAUAGACCCAAAGUAUUAAAAAAACGCUUCAUGCCAACCUAGUUUUGGUGUCUUCGAAGCGCAUUGUAUUCCCGUAUGAACAUCAGCCGGAGUAUGAGUCGUCCGGCGGCGUAUAGCGUAUCUGGUGGUCUAUGUCGCCUAAUAGCGUGUCUUGGCUACGUUCUCUUAACUUUGCCGGAGAAUUCCAGGUCUCUACGUUGAUGAUUGUUCAACCGUUAUCCCCUUCGCAAUGUUACUGGGCCCGGAAAGACAGAAAAGAAGGCAGAAGCGAACCGUGCUGCAUAUUCUAGAUGUAUUGCAGGCGUUAACAAAACCAGUUAAUGUACGCAUCAGCAACGCUGGUCAUGGCCCUCAUAACGAUCACUGAGAGGCCAUAUCUGUAAAAUGUAGCUGUGUGCCUGAAAGGUUUCGUCGUUUUGACUGGUCGUAACUGCAGUGCGUGAAUAUACCUAAUGUUCACCAUGAUAGACGCACCCCUAUAAGGCCCAGCGGAUUGUUUGAUUACAUUGCUCGUGCGUUGCAUAGAAACCAUCGACAUAUAUUACCUGAUUUCGCUCCCAGAGACUAAAAACAUAGCAAUGAGAAGCUACACAGUAAAUACGCGUGGGCUUGAGGGCUGGUGGUCAGUCUACCAGCCCAGACUUGUGGGCUGGUGUAGUAAUCUAGGAAAUCUAUACACAUGUACUAAGAAGGGAAAAAAAGAACACACGUAAACUAUGUUUAGAUUCGAAGCAACAUAAACUGCCAGUAAUGGUGUAUACUCGACAAAUGUUCUCAUUUUCGUUGAGCUCGGUAUGAGUCGGUGGUUGGAAACAAGCCACGUUGCUGGUGAAGUGAAAGUUGGACGAUGACGCUUGUCCGAAACCGCAGAGGCGCGCUCGGACAAAACAAAAAUGCAAGAACAAGGAGAGAGAGAGAGAGAGAGAUAACGUCGCAGUCGGCAUUCUGUCCUUACCGAGACACGAUCGACGACUGCUGUUGCGUUCGAAGCAUGCAGCUCGCUCUCUCGUGAAAGCCAGCCGAAACUCGUUACGCAGGCCCUCGCGAUGACGCCCACCGCACAAACUAAACGACGUGUUCACAAACGCGUGCGGAAAACGAAAACUUUACGAGCGCUCACAGCGGCGUCCGCAGGGCCCUGUUGUCGGCUGUACUGUAACACGGUCACUGCGCAGGCAAGCUCUGCGUAAACUCGUUCCCGCGGGCUCGUACAUGGUGUAAAUCACGCGCCUCUGCGGACGCAGCAAAACAAGAACUUUCCGGAUCCAACCGAGAAUUAUGUGUCCAUGGCCCUCCUUGUUGUUGGCAGCGUAAAGUACCCACGCGCGCUGCUCCAAAGAAGAAGAAGAAAAAAAUAUAAACGAAAAGAAAUACCCGGAAAAGCGUUCAUCGUCCGAAUUUCCGCGUCAAACAUAAACUCACCAUCACACUCGAACCCACCCCCCAUUUCCCGACAACCUUCUCCGUGAAUCGUCAUUGAGAACAUCGUAAACUGCAUGCAACUCUUUGACUAGGAGCAUGAUGUUCCCAGCCCCUGUGUAGCUCGUUUCCUUGGCGACUCCCCCCAUGCUGCCGCCGCCGAAAGAGCAGUAUGAAUCCCACCAUCUGAGUCGUCCAUCACACAUCGUCGCACAUUGCUGUCACACUUGCUUGCCUGCUCGCUGCAAAACAAGCACACGCGGGGCAGGGUCAGGGCACGGGUGCUAGAAGAAACGCAGUUGACGCGUGUACAAACGCAACGCAAUGGAGCAAAACUUGGGGUCUGUAUUUUUGCCGACACGAUCGCGUGUAGCUACAGGGUGAAACCGUGCGCUUAUAACGAAACACACAUCGGCGAGCGGCGAAUUUCCGCUCUCAGUUUUAUCGGAACGCGGGCGCCGACGGUGACACGUAAAUUUCAUAAAGCUGCUACCAUAUAAAGAAAGAAAAAAAAUCGCAACCUACAAAGCAAGCGAGAAGUAACCAAUUUCUUUCUUUUUCUCUUUUCUGCGUGGAUACUUUGCUUUUUAUUCUAAUACAUUAUCCAUUCGACGUCACUCGGAGACUUGGCUUAAGCCUUAGUUCAGCGUCAGCCGCUCUCACCGAAACAGCCUCAGGGAUCAGCGACUGCUACGAUGGAUGACGGUCUUCACUCUGGAAAAAAAAAAGACAGAGAGAGAUUCACUCGCACGCAGCAGUAGUAUUCAUCUAAAAUUAAGUGCAUUCGUUAUUUAUAGUUUUGCGUUGCCAUUUAUGCCGAGCUGUGGCGAAGUCGUAGAUAGGUAUCGAAGGAUUAUUACUCCACGUUGCUGUUAAUUCACUUGCAUAGCGAGGCGGUCGGUAAUUGCCCGCUUGACAUCGCGUAACAUUGUAAGGCGCUCUUCUUCUUCUUUUUAACGAAUAAGACGCGACAGGCUGAGGAAUAAUCACGAACGUUCGGUGUGUGGCAAGGAGUAAGUGUUCGCGACAAUCACUCAUCAACGCAAAGUUGUUGUUCUUUUAUUAUUAUUAUUUGUUUCUAUCUCCCAGCAAACGGCGCCGAUCGACGGUUUGCAGGAUAAGUUAUCGCGAAUCGUCAGUGGAUAUGACGAGCUUUUAACUGCAACUUCCUAUAUACAUCCCGAUAUCUGAAGCAACUAUAGAAUGUGUGACCUCUUCUUGAUAUUUACAAGAAAGAAAGCGACGAAUGCGAAAUUGUCUGAGUAUCAAGAACCCCAAUGUUAUGGUAAUUCGUAUCACUGCUCAGUGCACAAGAACAAAAAAAUAAGGAGAAGAAGCAACUAAAGACGAAGAGAAAAGGAUGUUACCUAUCGCAAGCGUUUUUCUUUAAUUUUUGCUUCAACAUAUUACAAAGUAUUCUUCGGGCGCAACUUAGCUUCGCACUAUAAAUGUGCUUGGAGCGACAUUAUUAAAUAUAACCAAUUUCCACCACUACAGCGCUUUGUCAGUGAGCUUCUUAAGCAGCCACAAGUCGUCGUAACGCUCUAUGAUGAGACUUUAUACAUUGCAAAAAAAAAAAAAGAAGGCUUUCUAAUAAGGGCUACGCGCGCGCUUUGUACGGAACGUGCUCCUCUGACCUCCAAUGUAUCUUCCUUGCUUUCCCGCAGUGAUUUGAUGCCGAAGGCAAAGCAAGACAUACAGGGAGAAAAAAAAUAAGCGGGGUGGGGGAGGGGGGGAGUGCACACUGUGCCCUCACAAAAAUGCAUUUAGACAGUCUACGCAAAGUCUACGGAUGUUGUUUUUACACGAUAUUUAUAGAACGUCUAUAGGCAAUCUACAGACUCGUCGCCUUAAACUUUGUUGGCUAAUUUCCUUUAGGCUCAUUGCUAACAACCUCCUUGGAAAUCUCUCUGUACUUCUAACUGACGCUGCAAAAUAGACGCGUUAAUGACUUCUGGCCAGGCGGUCUACAAGCUUUUUAUUCAGUCAAAAGGACAUGUCUACAACGAGACGAAGCAGUUCUACGAGCACGCUGGUACAGACUGCCUAAAUUCAUUUUUACGAGGGCAUCAAAGGCAAACUGAACACUCGCGCGCACGCAAAGCGAGAGCAAUUCACGUACGAAAGCAAUACCGACAUCUUUUAAGAGUACAAGGAGGUGUCCUACGCGCAGUAGGUCGUGGAGCGCGGACGCACGGUAACCAACACCGGACGUCGAAUACUUACACGGAAUCUUCCGGGUGCAGUGAAACCUUGUACGAGAGCGGGCGCCUCGCUCGUGUAACGCGUGCUUGCCAAGAGGCGCCCAGUUGUCCCCGCCGCGCUGAGGCUUAUUAAUUUUUUAUUGUAACGUUCGAUGCACACGUGCACGCGGGUGGAUAUCUCGUCGCUGUACAUAGGUGUACAUAAUCGCAUAUACAGACGCAUACAUAUAUAUUAUUAUAUACAUAUAGGCCAGCCAAUCACACUCGUAUCUGUUGUCGGUGCGCCACUGUUGUGCAGGCCCGCCUGUUUCCCGCGUUAGUUGAACACUGUUUGCAAAUUGUGCGCGCUAUUAUUAUUACCGUAUUGCUAUAUAUUAUGCACACACGCACGCACACCCUCACACACGCAGCGUUGGUCUUGUGAAAAAAAAAAAAAAGAACCUUCCCAAUCCAGGCGCUGUUGUCGUUAUGUGCGGUCGACCCGAACCCUAUAUCACUUUCCCAACCCUCGACUCUGCGGCGCGCACUGUUGCUUCUUCCGCCGCGCUGGUGUUUGUUAUUUCAUCGCUUUUCUUUUUUUUUUUUCUCUCUCGCUGACGUCAUAAGCAGGGUCGAAGCGAACGUGCUUCGGCGUUAUAUAACCACGCCGCAGUAUCGUAUUCGCGCGCGAGUGUACACAGAGUCGCGAUGAAUAUCCAAUCUUGAAAGUGUCGUUGAACGCGGAGUGACAGUGGCUCGAAUGACUGUGCGCUACGCUUCGUCGUCCUCACCACUUGGCCUCGCCGGUGAGCGCACCACUGGGCAUCAACGUUCAAUAGCCGACGACGUUAGCGAUAUUCCCUUUCUUUUUUCCUCUAUAUGGUGCCGAUUAUUUGCCCUGCAGUCAGGUUGUGCAUAAACAAGAUAUACAUACACAGCCUACGAACUACAUAUUGUCUAUAAGAUCAAUCUUUGAGAUCACACGUGAAGUGUCUAUAGAAUUGUAUAUGCAUAUGUCUAUCUAAUAGACAGCCAUAGACGGUGCGUGCGCGCACGUAAAAGAAUAAUUUCGUUCCCUAUGUAGUAUUCUUUUUCUUUCGCCUAUAUGCAUAUUCUGUGGACAUUGUGUAGAUAACAGUUGAUUUAAUGCGCAGCCAUUGGCCUAAGGACUGCUCAAAAGCAGCGUAUAAUCUCAUUGCCGCACAAUGUACUGUCUACGUAGAAUAUGUAGACUUUGAGACUAUGUGUCCUUAAUUGCCCACGUAAUGCCGAUUUUCUAUAGCCGGUUCUUAUACACUGCGUAUAAAUAUUUAUAUAAUUUCUAUUGAUUGCCGAUACAAUCCCUUUAAGAAGCGUCUAGAACGCAAAAGACGUGUUAUCUGAAGCCAAAAGCUGCAUACAUCCAAGCUCGGUUUUGCUUUUCAGUAAAUCUCGUUAAAUUCGUAAGUGUGGAAUUUUUUUUGACAUAAAAGAAAGGACUAUCUAGUCAGGCGCUGUCACAACAAAAUCAUACUGCUAGUAGCAAACAAAACGUGCAAAACCGAAUCAAGGCAAAAGGCUCAAAUCGUUUCGAAACAGGGUAAGGCAACCCGCGUUUUUCGACAUCCGGCUUACUUAUUUUUCCCAUUUCCGAAUCGAUUCUAUUCGAUCUACGAGUCACUUUGCUUUGUUUUUCUUCUAGUGGACUUCUAUAUCCGGCUUCCACCUUCACCGAUCUUUUUAUCUUUAUUGUUGUAUUUAACUGAAACGCAACUUACGUUUCAUUCAAAAUCGCAGGCGCGUCCAGUUCUUUACCACCUAAUUGCGGAAACACCAAACGCAGAAACACGACGUCACAUGAAAUCAAAAAAAAAAAAGGCGGUCGCGUGUUUUUCUUCGAUGACGUUAGUACUUCACGACAAUCUGGACAAACAAUACCGGCGAGUGUGUUUGGAUAUCAAUCGGUGUCCAGUAAUAAAGAAUAAAAAAAGAUCACUUUUGAAAAAGAGAGAAUGAAACCCGAUCGCCGCGGUGCCAGGGUAUACCUUAUUGUCUGAUAUGUCACCGACACGUCAACAAAUCAACCGCGUAACAUGGCCACAGCAACUUAUUGUAAAGCAAAAAUGAACCGUUCGAAUCGCUCCGUCGGUGGUUGUGGAAACCGACGCAGACAGUGCUGAUUUGUUUUCGUCGCGUUUUAAUUUUAGCAAGCAGUCCACACACGGACACACACGUUUGGCCGCGGUCAAAAACUCGUUUAUUUAUUUAUUAUUUUUAACCUCCUUCCCCAGCACACUCAUGUUCAGCCUUUUAGGUAAUUGGGUCUCGAGCAAUGCACACGUACGGCCGGUCAUACGGGUCACUGUCACUGCCUUCGCAACAGCUUCCUGUGAUGAAAGUAAAAUGUCUGUUGAGCGGCGUCUAUUCGGUUUUCUUUUUUUUUUUUUUUUCGUACGCCUUAGCAUGGACCAAUAAGAGCGAGCUUCGAUCGGCGAUUCAGACAGAUGCGCGAGCGGAAGAUGCGAAGCUCUUGCUUAGAAAAAAAAAAAAAAAGUCGAGGGACAAACAAUGACGCACUGCGCGUAGCCGCACACACGAGCACAUCUCAGUACACCGCGAGUUCCGAGAGCGAGUCAUUGUGUAACGUCUAGUCAGCCAACGUAGCGUCGAACGCGUAUUAUAUGUAAGCUAUAGUAUAUGUAUUGCAUGUAACGAAUAGGCUCGUUAACGAGUGGCGUUCUCAUUUCUGCGGCAUACGCUUAGCACGCCACUCCUCGAGAACGUAAAAAAAAAAUGAAAGAGAACAAGUGAGGAAACAGUCAAACUUCUGCUGUCUUGUACUGUACAUAGCACAUCGAGCACAUCGCCGCACGACACAGCAUGUCGAACACAUCGCGUUAUAUACAUUGCGUGCGCUGGCAACGGGGAAACGCAUUGCGGCGACCGCGGACCAAUGACGAGACUCGUAUCGGGCAUUUAUAAGAGCGUCGGGAAAAGUAAACCCGUCAUCCACAACACCGUAGGCGAUAAUAACCAAGGACGGUAUAUGUGUAUAGCAUUUGUCUACGGUACACGAACCGCGCUGAGUGUGGCCAGCGCUGCCUCCGCGAGUACGUGUAGUGCAGUUUACGAAGCAUUUAAAGAGCAUAAAUAAUUUUUUGUAGAAAAGAAGAGCGCUCCUUAGCAGCCUUUGCAACCUCGUGUUCUCUAAAGAAAAUGAGACUACUGGGAAGAUAAACCUGAGAGGAAGCUUUAGCUGUUUAUUAAAAUUUGGCCUUUUUUUUUUCGAACCACCGAGUGUGUUACCACGCAACCUACCGUGCAGCUUUUGUCACGCGGUGACCAGCCUGUAUAGAGCUCGUAGACUAAACAUGUUAGAUAACCACUCCCACAGCAGAGAGAUGAGCACUUUAUCUUAUGCAGCUGUUUCCAGCAGCACUAGCUGAUGAAGGUACGAUUGUUGGAGUUCUUCGUGUGGUAUCCGUGACGUCCCGUGAAAGUAAUCGCCAUUUGUGAUUAGGGCCCCGCCUCGAAGCUAUAGAGAAACUUCUUAUAAACCACUGAAGUUGGGCUUCCGCGCUUCGCCGUGGCCUCAGCAAAGGACACGCCGCCACCGUCACGUGACCUGUACCUAGUACCACAACAGAAGGCAGGUCGUAGGACACCACAAUGCGGCUCCCUCUAGCGCACGCAAGCUGGUGCACACCGCAGUCUGACACAUGAACGCCAGGCGCACGUCUUCGCAAUCAACUCUGCAAUUGUAGUAGCAGGCAAACGCACUCAAACAGCAUCAAAAAUCACCAUUAGAAGAAAAAAAAAAAUUAGUCACAUCAUCGCGCGCCUCAUCACCAUCCUCACGUGACGUCACGUCACGGCGCAAAAGAAAAAAAAACUGAUGAGAAAAGAAAAGCUGAACAAAAAAGCGCGGGCGCGUCAGAAGAAUAUUAGCUAUAGUUAGAAAGCACGAAGCCCACGGCAGUUGAGGAAUAGGUCGCAGAGGCCUCGUAUCUUUGAAGACAGACAGGAGGAUGCGCUGUCACUAUACUUACAAAUGAGCGCGGUUCCCAUAUCGCACACCCAGACCAUAUAUAUGCCUCUGCCGUUUUCUCGACGCAGCGCCUGGCUAUAGAAAACGCUUUGUGCGUAUUCAUGUGACAGCGUUGCGAACCGGUUCUAAGCCAUAAGAGUACCGCUGGAGCUUUUGCAUCUCGGACUGAUGUUCAGCUGAAUUGGUCGGGCUGGUGCCUUGCGGAUUAGCAACGAACCAAGUGCGCCAGCCGGUCGAGAAAGGCGAGAGAUACAAGGAAUGCAGUUAUCUUUCCUCGUCUCUUCUAUUCUUGAGUGCAGAGAGUAAGUCAUUCCCUGCACGACGGCUGACAAAGCUUUAUAUUCAACAUCACUGAUUACAUUAGACCACCAGUAAACAUUAGCGAAUAAUACAUGUGAAAUGUAUAUUACGAACGUAUGUAAGAGUGACAGAGCGCGGCGUGUGAGAAGCACAUAUCGUUGAUGCGAAAGAAAAAAGAAGUCAGCUAUCAAAAAAAAAAUCUGCUAUAGGGCAUGCGAAAACGUAAGGUACGAAUCAUCACGAAUGGUCCCCUUUUUAAGACAAUAAUACAGAAAACGUACAAUAACGGCAUAAUUUGGUAUGGCGUAAGAAUAUGCAUUUGCGAUGGCCUCACGAAAACUAGCACGGUUCGCUGAUUCCUGUGUUUGAAGGUGUGCGUCAUGUUUGCAAGCUCAAGCUAAACGCUCGAACAUCAGUCCGCGGCGCAUAAGGAUCAGGCAACGAUACGUAUCGGGUUUGCGCACGGCUUGUUACGCUUCUGCGCCUAACGCUGCUGGGCAGCCAAGCCAGAUACGAUUAGCCGACGCCCUAGCGCUUCUUUCUACAUCCUAUAAGCUCGUAUGAAGCACAAACCUUAAAUUAACGGCAUUGUUAACCACAUUUCUAAGCUUCGGGAAAAUGAUACAUCACGUGUCGCGAACGGAAAUCGGGCACAAUGAUAGCAUUACCAUCCCUCCCUUUUCCCGUCAGGACUUCGACCAAUGAGAACAGCCGUACUUAGGAAAUGGGCUCUAAGUGCUCGCCAGAAAGCAAGUUUUGUCAGCUAAGACUGGCUCGGCCGCAGUAGAGCCCCAAACUUCUGGAAAGAGACAAGUGCAGCGAUGUGGCGAGACAAAUCGUGCUGCGCCUCGUGGCCUCCAAGAUUGUCGGCAAAAGCACUGCGCCACGGCGAACACCUCGGAGGCCAGUGCAGCGCAGACGGGUACACGGCGAAAGCCGCCCUCUGCCAGUCCAGGAUCGUCACACGUGUCCCGACCAAGGAGGUUGGUGCCGAAAGCGCCGAUAACGAGGGUUAGCACUAACGAGUUGCGGAAAAGAAACGGUACCUAACCUUUCCCGCAGUUUCCCCUCCUCCUACAAGCCUGCAGACACCGCACUUACAAGGGGCUCGCAGCCCUGCGGCAACAGACCGAUACGUAUAUACCGACAGCGACAUGAUGAACUGGAACAUACAGACACUCCCGACCACUGAUUGUUCUUAUAUACGUGGCGACUCUUCCAGAGCGAAGUACUCCCCCUUUAGCGCCCUGUCGUCCCUUUCCUUCAGACUUAUAAAGCGAGAGAAAACGAGAAGGCGUGUGGGUCACGUCGAACGCGAAUGCUCUGUGCGAUGAACACGCUGAACAUGCAAAGGGACGAAUCGUGGGUUCCUACGUGCAUGCAGACGUCACGCGCUUCCGAAAGCAAUACAUUCGAGCGAGAGGCACAGAAAAGGGGGCUCCGACAAAGAGCGGCGCACCUUUUCUGAAAAACCACGGAAGCCGGUGUUUUCGCUGUUGCGAAUUUUAAAAAAAUUGUUUCUGCGCGGCCGACAAGACGUGAGGCCGCGACAUAGGUGCGGAUGUACACGCGAAUGGUGUGUGACCAGGGUUUGUGCACAAAAUAGGAAAAAAAAAAACGAAAUGGGUGGAACUGUUCUCCUCCGCAGGACUCAGAGACUGUGAUCGCGGCCACGCAAAAGAAAGAGGGGGAAAAAAAAGACGUGUUAGUGUGUGUGUGCGCGCGCGCGCUAUACGAAAAAGAAAACUUCCGAGAGCCGUAGCUGCGGCUCUGCCGAGUGUAAAUAGUAAUCAAUAGCAAUAUGCAAGACGAAACCCGUAACUAAGUUUUAGCUAAGAAAAAAAAAACACUACUACUAGGAAUUGAGAGAAAGCCAUAGAGUUAGCAGCGUGGAAACAAAGCAGUGCUCCUUUAUCUAAAAAACCAUAGAGAAUCAAGUUACACCGCUUGAAAUUGUACCUUAUUUUUGUAUAGUGAAAUAUGAAGCGAAAAAUGAAAAAUAAAGCGAACACAGUUGCGCGAGCGUAAUGAACGUGAAGCGUUGUACUGCGCUCAUUCUUUCUUUUUUUUUUUCAAGUGUCGUUACUGUUACGUUACAUACGUUGUGUCUAUAUAUGUUUCGUUUCUCAACGUCAUUACAUAUGUGCAUAUGCUGUUGGCAAUAAAGGUAUAUGCUGCUUGUUGAAGGUUUGUCCAUGUUGGCGAUUUCCCGGUUGCGCAGAUCGUUUCUCCACGCCUUUGUCGUUUUUUCCUAUCUCUCUUUCUUCUUUCUUUUUUUUUUAUCACACCAUACUCUCAUGGUAUUGCUCUUAUUUGGUGCAAUUCACGAAAGCACGAACCUUACGCGCGAGUGCUGAUCGAACCGACGGCGUUUAUAGGGAGUGCGAUCGAGCAUUGUUGAAGAUUCCACAGUGAGCAUGUACCGACCUGAUUUGUUUGUUCGUUCAUGUGAGAUUUCCUAUUAAAGCGUUUUGUAGAAGCU